AUCUGAUGUCUAGCCGGACUUAAGUUGUGCUUACUGUUCCAUUUAGCUUUCCUCCUUGUCAAUCAGCGUCGUUUCGGUCGUACGUAUCAAUGAGGCUCAGUCGCCCUUCCGCACGGGUUCAAGCGUCGCCAGAGAUGAGGCUGAUCGGGCGAGGUACCGCUUCCUUGUGCUUGGCGAAGGCUCACUAUGCGGUUCCCGGUUCCCGCUCAGGGCGGGAACAGGUAGAGCGGAAAUGACCAGGCGCGCCACACAUCGGGCCUACUCCCGCCUUCUCAGAUAUCCACGCCAAGCCACACCGCGGCUUUGGACUGCCGUUCAGCUGACCCGCCGCCGGUAGUUGCAAAUGCCAUACUCUCACGGAUAAUGUUGAUUGGGGUGGAAGCGAAGGUCUAUAAAAAGGCACAUGUAGAGUUCAUCGCUUUCGACUCCCCAUCCUUCUCCACAGCUUCUCAUCCAUCACUCAGAUCUACUCCACCAGCAGCUCAUCAAGUCUACCAUGUCUGCCUCGACUGCACAACUCCUCGCCGUCGUGGGCGGUGUCCCCACAGUCAGCGUCGAUGUACCCAUUUGCGCCGUCUUUCUGGCCAUCUUUGUUCUACUAGCAGCUGGUCACAUGACGCUUUUCCAGAUCAACAAGCGACGUGGUCACAAGUUCAUCUUCAGUGGUCUCUGCUUCGGUUUCACAAUGUCUAGGAUUACAGCCUGUGUAUUCCGACUGGUCUGGGCCACACGUCCUGGCGAUUCGGACAUCAGUCUGGUUGCCAGCGUUUUCCUCAAUGCUGGAAUUUUGCUCGUCUACAUCAUGAACAACUUCUUCGCAUGGCGAAUGGUUCGCAGCGCCCACCCUAGCUUCGGCUGGAACCCCAUUGUCAGGAAGCUCAACGCAAUCCUGCUAUGGGGUUGCAUUGCCUUGAUUCCCCUCAUCGUCCUGAUUGUGCUGCGCGUCAAGGAGCCUCGAGUUGCACACAUUCAGCGCGGAGCUACCAUCAUGUCGAGAAUCGCUCAGACCUACUUCUUGGUCGUCGCCGUCAGCUCUGCCUUCCUCUUGGCGUAUGCCAUGACACGACCCGGUCAGCCCAAGGACCCCUUUGGGCGUCACUCGUGGAACGGCAAGGCUGUCGUUCUCGCCCUCGGCAUUACCUUUGCUUGCAUUCAGUCAGGAUUCCGUACCGGCACUACCUGGGCACAGGCACCUCUUGCAUCGAAUCCAGCUUGGUGGGACUCCAAGGCAGCCUUCUACUGCUUCAAUUUUGCUAUGGACGUCUGCAUCCUAUUCACCUACCUGGUGGGCAGGAUCGAUCAGCGAUUGCACGUCCCGAAUGGGUCGAAUGGACCAAUGUCCUACUCGAAGUCCGCUACCGAGACAUCACUUCACUCUGAAAGUACAGAAAAGAAGGACAUCGAGUACUGAGGAGUCCUUCCGUUCUCUGAAGGUCUCGCUCGGCAGGCAGCUGCCUCGAUUGUUUCCCUAUACCCCAUCCCAGGGCCAGGCCAAGGGCCCGGGAAAAAAGAGCGUCUUUCUACUGCAGCCACCUCCAACUCAACGCCUUCGGCUGUGAUGUACUACUAUCUUAUAGACCCCAGACUGAAAUUGUACUUGUAUACAAAC